UGUUGAUUGUCAAUUGUCAAAAAUUUUGACCAUAUGUUGAUAAACAAAAUGCUGUGAUUACAAAGUACAAUGGUUAGACUAGUGUUAGUUUGUGUACUUAUUAGUGUCUCGCUCUGUGAUGAUUUGAUUUCGGUGGUUGUGAUUUACAGGCAUGGUGACCGCACCCCCAUUCAGCCCUACCCGAGGGACCCCUACCGCAACGCGUCGUUCUGGCCAGUGGGCUUCGGUCAGCUGACGAACUUGGGCAAACAGCAGCAUUUCCGCUUGGGUCAGUGGCUGCGCCAGCGCUAUGGGGGCUUCCUAUCGCCGCACUAUUCCGAGAAAGACUUCUCCAUCCGUUCAACGGACGUCGAUAGGACGCUCAUGUCCGCCGAAGCCAACUUGGCCGGCUUGUACCCCCCCAAAGCCGACCAAGUGUGGGACCCCGCCCUCCCCUGGCAGCCCAUCCCAAUUCACACGACCCCCGAACUGGAGGACAACCUCCUCUCAAUGAAAAAAAACUGCCCCAAAUACAACUCGCUUCUAACCCAACUUUUCAAAACCGAGUUUUUCGCCAACAUUAGUCGACAAAAUCGGGACUUGUACGCGUAUUUGAGCAAAAAUUCAGGGGCCAAUAUAACGUCCCUCGAGACUCUCGAGUAUCUAUACAACACCUUGUACAUCGAAAGUUUAAAUAAGUUUGUUUUGCCCCAGUGGACCUCGGGGGUUUAUCCCGAAAAAAUGGCCCCGUGGGCCCACCUAAGCUUCGCCACCCAGUGUUAUAACAGGGACUUGGCGAGGCUUAAAACGGGCCCCCUUUUUAACGAAAUUAUUGAACAUUUUCGCAACGCUACCAAAAAAAUUGAAAAUUUCCGGAAAUUUCUCGUUUUUUCGGCGCAUGAUGUCACGAUAGCGAACGUACUUAACACAAUGGGGGCCUUCGAGUACCAUUGUCCCCCCUACGCUAGCACCAUAAUGUUCGAAUUGAGGCGAAAUUCAAGUUUUUAUCUCAACGUUUUUUACAAAAAUUCCAGUCAAGUGCAGAAAAUUACGCCAAAAGGGUGUGAUUUCAACUGUGAUUUUGACGAGUUUAUUGCGCUUUUAAAACCCAUCGUUAUUACACGAAAACAGUGGGAUUUAGAAUGUCAACUGUCUAAUUUUGAGCGUUAUAAUCACAUUUUUGUGUAUUCAAGCAUUGCGAUUGGUUUUCUUGUUUUUACUCUAGUUUUGUGGGUCAUUAUUGCAUGGUUUAAACAUUUGAAAAACAGUGGUAAUGAUUAUACGAGGUUGGCAAUCGAUGAAGUCGCUUAGUUUUUUGUCAAGUAUUUAUUCUCAGGGGCCAAAAACUUGCUGUUACCAGUUGGUGUCACUUUGUAAUAGUGCCACUACGGAGAGCUAAAGGUUAGGAUGUGAAACGACGUACAAAUAAAACGUUCCCGUUCCGAUAGUUCCGUUAAUGUCGCGAGAGGGCGUCUAAGUUGUAUUUGUAUAACGGUUAACACAUAAACAAAAUAAUCAAACUCUCCUAAACUAUGUUCAAAAAAAAUUUCAAACUUUUACCAAUUUGCACUCUGCCCCAUAUUUUUCAAAACGCUGCAAAUACGGUUACAGAUGCAAGAAAAUUGUUAGAAACAAAGUUUAGAGAAUUAAAUUUCCUACAAAAAAGUUCUAUUUUCAACCAUUUAGGCUCCAAAGUCAUUCAAACACUCUCAAGUGACGGAUUUGCUUCAUUUUGCCGGUGGUCAAGUAUUGGAAAGGUAAUUCAUUCCUAAGCCGUUGAAGAUAGAAAUACGGUGUCGCGGACGUUUUUGUAGAAAAUUUAAUGCUCUACAACUUUGUUCCUUACACUUUUUUUGUAUCUUCAACCGUAUUUGCACCAUUCGCAAAAAUAUAAGGUGGAACUCAAAUUGAUAAUUCUUAGCGAUUAUUCUUUGUGCACCGUCGUAUAUUUAUCAAAACGCUGGAAAUACGGUUGAAGGUACAAGAAAGUGUAAGGAACGAAGUUCUAGAGAAUUAAAUUUGCUAUAAAAAAGUCCGCGGCACAAUCUUCAACAAUUUAGGUAUAAAUUAAAAAUGAUUUUCUGUCUGUUAAGAGUAUAAAGGACAUUUUUUCCAAGUAAUUACUGAAUUUAAAUUUGUAUCUCGUUUCCUUUCCUAAGUUAUAGUUCUCCAUAAGUGCCACCAACCUUUUAUUUUGUAUUUAAAAGCAACGACUGAUUUCUAGCUUAAUUUGCGUUUCGUGAUAACAGUAUCUACUGUCAAGGCCAAAUAUACUUAUUGUUAAUUGUCGUUUUCGAACAAAAUUGUGGCACUCGAAAAUACAAAACUAAAACAGCC